AGUCCGAUGGAAACACAAAAUCACUUGUUAGUUCCAGCUCCAGGUUGGCGCUACAGCUGGAGGAAUGUACACUUAUUAAAUUUUUCACGAGCUCUAAAUCGCAGCGAGUACAAACGGUUUCGCUGUAGCUUUUUAACUGUUCCCGGGUCAAAUAAUUUAUUGCGAUUUAUUUGUAGGUUCUUUUUACAUUUUAACGUUGCGGAAACAUGGCGGCGUCCUUGAGCAGCUCGGGGAGCGCGAGGCUGAUGACUGCUUUGGCCCGAUCUAAUGUGCUGUAUAACUCCUUUGAAAGCAGAAGCCUCCAUGUAACUGCAGUGUGCUGCAAGAACCAGGCUGCUCGGAUCCGAAUCGGCAAAGGCGACAAACCACUGACCUACGAGCAAGCACAUCAUCCUCAUCAAAUUGCCCACCGCAAAGGAUGGCUGUCUCAACACACCAGUAACCUCAAAGGAGUGGAGGGGGCGGCCGAGAGAACUGUGGAGGAUGUCUUUAUCCGGAGGUUCAUGUUCGGGACCUUCCACGGUUGCCUGGCCAAUGAGGUCGUGAUCAAGCGUCGUGGAAACAUGCUCGUCGUGUGCGCUCUGAUGCUACAGAAGCUGCCGCCUCAGAAGUUUUAUUUUUUGAUCGGAUAUUCCGAGUCCCUGCUGUCCCACUUCUAUAAAUGCCCAGUAAAGCUAGAUAUUCAGACUCUGCAGGAUAAAGCUGUGUACAAGUAUCUCUGACAGAACUACAUUUCCUUUCUUUGUUUUAUCUGUAGAAGGUUAUUUUAAAUAAGUUAAGACAGAGUAAAGGGAGUAUUGAACAUAAAAAAAUGUUGUUGGAAACGCUGUUUGAUUCCUUAAAAUGUCUUUCAUCUUUUAAAUUUAUGCCUGGAGCAUAGAACCCACUAUCAUCGCAUCUAUGUUAGGUGAAAAUUUCUAGACUGAGAUAAUAUCAGAUUCCAUUUGGUAAAGUUUAAGCAAAGAGAAAGUUCACAUUUGUGCAUUAAAAUGCUGUAUAGAUUUAUGUGGAACAGAUAUGCGAUGCUGUUAUUGUUGUGAAUGGAGGUAGAGUAGGAAGAGAUGAACAAAGAAACUAUAAAAUUGUUGUUAAAGUA